GAGAGAGACGCGCUCCAAUGAGAAAAGUUUACUUGUUCUCCGUCUGAACAUUCCCCCAGCACAGCUGAGGGCAUAGAUGUGAGCGCAGAGGCUUUCAGUUUUUUACGCGCACUUCUUUCCCCCUCAUCUCUCACUCUCACACACGGAGCACGUAAUCCACCUUCGCACCUUUAGUUUGUUUUGUUUCUGUGUUUUCUUUUCCCCAGCAAAACUUGUUUUCCUCUCUUAAUGAAUGAUUCCGUGUCGCUGUAAAACUCCCAACCCGAACUCGGAUAGCGCAUCCGCACCACCUCACCUCGGCACAGCUUUUCUGCUCAAGUUCAGACGCCACCAGGACUCCCACUGCAGCUUCAGACGCACUUUGGGGGGGAAGUAAAACCUGAUUCUGUACGCAGCCACAGCCUGAAGCGAGCGUCAAGAUGAGCCUGAAAGCUGACUCUGAGCCGAACAACAACGUUUCCAUCGAGGAGGAGGUACGGACUCUGUUUGUCAGCGGCCUACCAGUUGACAUCAAACCACGGGAACUUUACCUUCUUUUCAGACCUUUUAAGGGUUAUGAAGGGUCACUGAUUAAGUUAACAUCAAAACAGCCUGUCGGGUUUGUAACCUUCGACAGUCGCUCUGGAGCCGAAGCUGCUAAAAAUGCUCUAAAUGGUAUCCGUUUUGAUCCCGAAAGUCCCCAGACCCUGCGCUUAGAGUUUGCUAAAGCCAACACGAAGAUGGCAAAGAGUAAGCUGAUGGCCACACCGAACCCCACAAAUAUCCACCCUGCUCUAGGAGCACACUUCAUUGCACGGGACCCAUAUGAUCUGACAGGGGCAGCACUGAUCCCAGCAUCACCAGAUGCCUGGACUCCAUACCCGCUGUACACCACAGAGCUGACCCCAGGCCUCCCUCACGCAGCCUUCACCUACCCAGCGGCUGCUGCCGCUGCUGCAGCCCUCCACGCCCAGGUGAGGGAGCAACCGAUGCGCUGGUACCCUACUCCCUCUGAGACUUCCCAGCCUGGAUGGAAGUCCCGACAGUUUUGUUAGAUAUUUAACCUCUGGGAACCACACCUUUGUCCACCUGAAGUGAGGUUUGCCAUGCUCCUCCUCUUAAUUUAAUCAAGUUUAUUUAAUGGACAAUUGUGCAUUAUUAUAAACAGUAUUUAUAUCUCCUUCCAGUUGUCUCUGGGGGGAGUUGGAUUUAAAACAAUCUUGCUGUCGACAAUCUGAACUAAUCCUUGGCAACUACUGCGGUACCAUUAGCACUUCAGAAUAAAACAGAACUCAUGCAAACCCAGUCAAACCCCAUGAAUCCUACCUGCUGAGGAAAACUGAAGUUACUGUUAAGCUAGUCCUUCCAUGGGUUGCCGCUGCUUCUGGGAGGUUUAGAGGUGUUAAGUCAUUGCAUGUUAGUCUUUGGCAUGAAUUUAGAGCGCAGAUUUCUGUGUAUCCUAAUUUUCUUAGUGUUUGUGUUGCCAUUUGGCCUAGACAGCAAAAUGUUUUGUUUCUUCCUGUAGAACCUUGGUCUCUUACCUCUGUGUAAGCUAGGCUGUGUUAAAUGGCUUAUCUCGCAUGGACCCUGUGAAUGCAUCCCUUCGUUUGAGCAAUCCCAGGCCUCUUUAUCAGUGUGUCAUUAUUUGAGCAAAGGAAAGUGCAAACGUUUUUGUACUUUUGCGUAAUGUAUAUUUAUGCAUUUUUGUGCAACUAAAUAAUGAACUUAUAUAAGUUGGAUGUUUAGUCGUCUCUUGUGUUUGGUGUUAAUUUUUGAUCCUAUACCCUGUUGAAGAAGAUUUAAAGAAAAAAGUGCAAUUUGUUUAAAGGAGAUGUUGGAAUUGGUUUGUGCCAUUCAGCUAAAAUGAGAUUGUUUUACAGCAAUCUUUCAGAAUGUGAAACUGGACUACAAAUGUAAAGGGUUGCUUUUUUGGAGGGGGGGGGGCAUUUUGAAAUGGGUAGCAGGAUUAGACUGAUAAAGAAAUUUAGUUUGUGGUUUAGAAAAUGUUUGUCAUUGUAUCUGCUGUGCGUAAGAUGUUAAAAAUCCCAUCUUAUGAAUAAAAGAAGUGAAUGCA